GCCAGGGAAGCUUCAUGUCAACAGAGAGGUGUCAGCUGAGGCAGAGGAAGACACGUUGAAGGGAAGUUCUUCCUCCACUUCCCUUCAUGCUGACGACUCAUACAUCAUGUGGAUCAAGCCAGAGGAAGUGCUGGUGGCUGGCGGGUUCUGGGACACAGAGGUGGCCAACACAUACUUCCUGCUGCAGCAGCGCAAGGGCUCAGGGAAUGCAGCAUCGAAAGGGUUUACAGGGCUUUUGGUUGGAACAUUCGACUCUGUGUUUGAUACCAAGCCGCCACCAUAUCGGAUUCUACACCAGACACCAUCUUCAGAAAUAUACUACAUUGUGGCCGUGUCUUUGAAGAAGGAGGACAUUAAUGAGAAUUGGGUGUGGAUAGAGCGUAACCUGAUGAGCAUCUUGGCCACUUUCGACAAGGAUGAGGAUGUCACAGAUUUUGUCCGUUGUAAAAUUGAAUCUCUGGUGGCAAACUCAGUUGUGAUGGACCCACAUAAUACUCCUGGUAACUACCAUAAGGAUCCAGAUUCUGAUUCGUUCAAAGCCACUUCUUUCAAGUUUCGGAAGUUGUUCAAUAUGCCAGAAGGAGAGAAACUUGUUAAUUAUUAUUCCUGCAGCUACUGGCACAACCGACUACCAAGACAAGGCUGGUUAUACUUGAGUGUCAACUACCUCUGCUUCUAUUCCUUCCUCCUUGGUAAAGAAACUCGUGUGAUCGUGCGAUGGAGGGAUGUAACACUGCUCGACUGUACAAACGCGCUCAUCUUCCCUGACAGUAUAAGAGUGUCCACUAGAGAUCAUGAGCAUUAUUUCUCCAUGUUGCUGAGGAAGAAGGAAACUUAUGAACUGAUGGAGCAGCUAGCCAAUAUGGCUAUGAAACAGCUAAUUAAUGAUGAGGAAUUCUCAGAAGAUAAAGACUUGCUGACAAAAGUCAGUAAGAAAGUGCCCAAGAAGCCAUCAUUUCUGAAGCGUGACCUGGAUGCCAGAGCCCACUCGGAUAUGUACCGUAGCAAAUUUAGGUUACCCCUGAGAGAGAAGCUGGAUGGGUCAACGAGUUGCUCUCUGUGGGCACCAUACAAGAAAGCCUAUGUCAGUGGCACACUCUACAUCUCUCUCAACUAUAUUUGUUUUGAUAGCAAGAUCGCCAACCUGGUUAGUGUGGUGUGCCCACUGCGGACUGUGCAGAGUGUUGAGCGUGUAGACAGUGUGAAGGGCAACCUCAUAGUGAAAAAUGCCCUCUUCAUUUGUACUUCACACGUGAAUUCGUCCAACACUUUCCUCUUUAUUGAUGUUGGGGAUCGGGACUUUGUCAUCAACAAACUCUCAGAGAUGCUGGGGAAGAGUAUACCAACAAAGAAUGCUCUUCCAGACAACAUGGUCCUGGGGAGUGCCAGACUGGGCAGUCGCUCCAACUCUGUCACUGAUGAUAAAUGCGAUGACAUGAGCCUUAGUAGUUUGAGUGUAGGCAGCAUAUCUGACAACAAUGGUUCAAGCUUCUCUGAGACACUUGAAGCCGAGACAACAACCGUGCCCUUGAGGUCUCUCUAUAUUGGAUUCGAGGAUGAUAUGGAUGAAGGAGAUUGUGAAAAAAGGAAAGAGGCCUUGUGGGACCGACACUGGAGUGAGUAUGGACGCGGUGUAACCAUGUACCGUACAGUGGAAACUCUUCGUUUGGUCUUGGAAGGACUCCCAGACACUGUUAGACGAGAAGUGUGGUUAAUAUUUUCUGGUGCCAUAAAUGAACAGGCCACGAAUCCUGGCUAUUAUGAGCAAGCAGUAAUUGCAGGGUUAAAGCGUGGCGGCCCUGCCAAUGAUGAGAUUGAGAGGGACCUACACAGGUCUCUUCCUGAGCACCCUGCAUUUCAGAGUGAGAGAGGGAUAUCAGCUCUCAGGCGUGUCCUUUGUGCCUAUGCUUGGAGGAACCCUGCCAUUGGUUACUGCCAAGCCAUGAACAUUGUGGCAUCAGUCCUCCUCGUGUAUUGCAAUGAAGAGGAAUCGUUCUGGCUCUUGGCUGCCCUGAGUGAGCGACUCCUACCUGACUAUUACAACACCCGGGUUGUUGGGGCUUUGGUGGAUCAAGGUGUGCUUGAAGACCUCAUCCUGGAUCACAUGCCAGGACUACACACCAAGCUGUCAGACUUGGGCAUCAUCUCUUUAAUCUCAUUGUCCUGGUUCCUCACCCUUUUUCUCAGUGUGAUGCCAUUUGAAGCAGCAGUGCAUGUUGUGGACUGCUUUUUCUACGAUGGUGCUCGUGUGGUGUUUAUGGUCGCACUGGCCAUACUUGACGUCAACAAGGAGGCACUGGAAAAUUGUGAUGAUGAGGGAGAAGCUAUGAUGGUUCUGGCUGAUUAUCUGGGAUGUAUCAACACUCCCAAGUGUCGAUAUGGAAAACGCAAAUCAAGUGUCUGUGAAGAUAAACAGGCAGAGUCUUCUGAAUUAAGGACUAUGGUAAACAUUAUUGACAUUAUAGAAGCUGCAUAUAGAGGUUUUGGAUUUAUCACCAAUGUUGCUAUUGAGCGACUUCGGGUGAAGCACCGUCUCCGAGUUGUUCAAACACUGGAAGACACUGUUAUGAGAAAUACCUUACGCACUGUUGGUCCUGACUGUAUUUUGUCUGAGGAAGACCUUAAGGAACUUGUCAUCUAUGUCCGUGGAGAACAGAUCUUGGGAGGAGAAGACAAGGAAGUUCGCCAGCGUAACAAUUCUGGGAAUCCUCUGACCCAGGAAGGCUAUGCUCUUGGAUACGAAACAUUUCGUCAGCUCUUUUUGGCUGUCUCACCAUGGGGUCAGGGCGACCGUUCAGAAUCCCUUGUGACGAGUAUCUUCAAUAUGCUGGAUGUUGAUGGAACGCAUGUAUUGAGCUUUCGGUCUGUUGCGUGGCUCUAUGGAGUUCUAUGUAGUGGAGACUUUGCUCGCAAGCUGAGGUUGUUUUACUACUUGCAUUUAGCAUUUCCCCCAAGUCUGGAGGAUGUGGAUAAGCCACUUAAAAAUGAGGAAAAUGCAGCUGAAGUGGAAGAGGAAGCAGCAGUAGAGGCAGAAGAGUACUUUGAUUACCUAGAUGAGGACUAUGGAAAAGGCAAAGUGGAUCUAGAUAUAUCAGAUGAUCAAGAUGCAGAAACUUCUGGCACCUCUCCUAAAAAAGAAUACUGUGAUGACUUCACAGGGUUAGCGACCAUCCACAGCCGUGACUACAGAUUAUUUGAACAGCGGUUCUUGCCCACCAUGACCCAAGAGCAGUUUAUCAAUAUGUGGCGCACUGUCUACAGCUUCUUUGCAAUGGAAACCAACCAGGAAAUCUUUACAUCACUCUCUAGAGUUGGAACAUUGCUGCUGCAGAUUGGUGAAGUUGGACGACGAGUCAAAGAAAUUGCAUCCAGAUCCAACAGUGAAAGCCAGGCAAGACUUCCUGGAGAACAAUCCUCAGAAAAUGUGUUCCAGUUGGAGGAGAUGAGAGGUGCAUUAGAAGAGUGUUUGGGCUCGGGUAAUUGUACGACAGAGGAAAGUGAGCAAGCAUUGCAAAGUACAGAAGAAUCCCCAGACUCUGAAAAUACUAGUGCUGUGCCAUGUGAUACAGGCAAAAACAGUAAAAUGUUACAUAACGUAAUUAAAAAUGAUACUGGGGAAGAAAAAGAUAAAAAUACAGAAGAAUGUGAACAAAACGCUAGUGUUGACGAAAGUGACUGUGGCAGUUCGGAGCAUAGACAUGCCUCCAUGUCCCAGCCAUCAUCUCAGGAGUGGAGCAUAUCCUUUGAACAAUUCUUGGCUAAUGUGGCUAAUGAAGAAAAGCUUGUUGACUUCUUCGAGAGGCCAGUCAAACUGGCACAGGAAGUACAAAAGCUGAGAAAGAGACAUGCGGUAUGUACAAGUGUGAGUGGCUCGGUGGCCUCCACACCUUCCUAAAUGGUAAGUGAAGAUGCACGCUAAAUCAAUGUUCAAACAGGGAAAGUGAGGCUCCCUGCACUAGAUGUGUCAACACAGCCAAAAAUUGUUUUAUCUAGAAUUUUUUAAUUGUACAGUGAACAUCAAGCUUGUGAUAUACACUUAUAUAUGAGCCAUUGCCAAUAUUAAGAACCAGCUGAAUAUCUUCAGUAAAAAAAACCUUGAAAUGCUGUUACGCAUGUGAAAAUAUAAAAAAUUGUUUUAUGAACCAGCUGAAUAUCUUAGGUAAAAAAAAGCCUUGAAAUGCUGCUGUUCUUUCAACAAACUGGCCGUAUCCCACCGAGACAGGGUAGCCCAAAGAGAAAAACAAAAGUUUCUCUUUAACUUUAGUAAUGUAUACAGGAGAAGGGGUUACUAGCCCCUUGCUCCCUUGAAAUGCUGUUAUGCAUGUUAAAAAAAAUUAUCUUAAGAACCAACUGAAUAUUUUAAGUGAAAAAAAGUCUUGAAAUGCUGUUAUGCAUGUAAAAAUAAUUUUUUUUUAAUUUAUUGCAUCUCAUGUUUCAAGGCAUUUUUUUAUUAAAAAAAAAAAAAGAGCUCUUAUUAUUGUCAAUUCCUCAUAUUCAUUUCUUAGUUACUGAUGUAGACUGUUCCUAGUGAGAAAAUAUAUUUUGUAUUUAAUUCAGAUAUUAAAAUGUACUUUUUGGUUAAUCCCACUAAAAAAUAAUAUAAACAGUAAUAUAAAUCAUGUAAAAAUGUACUUUUUAAUUCAAGAAAGAAUGGUUGUGCUCGAGUCCUACGGGUGCUACCUUGUCUGGCAUCAGGCCGUGUCCAGGUAUAUUUAACUUAAUGCAUUCAUACAUAUACAUAAAUACCCUUGUACAUAUAAAUUCAUGUAAAUAUAUUAUUAAUAUAUACAGUACUAUAUACAAACACACACACACACACACACACACACAUUCUUUACAUAAAUGCAGUGGUACCUCGAGUUACGAACUUAAUUCAUUCCAGAAGGCUGUUCGAGUGCCGAUACCGAACGAAUUUGUUCCCAUAAAUAAUAAUGUAAAUUAGAUUAGUCCAUUUCAGACCCCCAAAAAUACACUUACAAAAGCACUUACAAAAAUACACUUACAUAAUUGUUCGAGUUGGGAGCUGUUCGAAACUCAGGGUACCACUGUAUAUCUACAUUCAUCCAUCACACAUGUGUGCUGUAUAAUAGCUACAUAGAUAAGUGUAGUUUAAUGUUUAUAGAGGAAAAUAUUAGAAAUUUUUCCCAUUUAAUAAGAUAUAACCAGGACGAUAAUUUUAACCACGUCUGAUUAGUUUUGCAUUAACAGAGCUAAAAUCAUAUCAAGUUUUGUACUGAAAAGAUAGUGCCAUGAUCAUUUUUAGAAAGCCUUAAAUAAGGGAACUCAAGUUGUGAGAGUAGACUAAGAGAAAUUAUGUGCACAGUUUUAGUUAUCUCUGACUCACAGUUAACCCACAAAUUAAGGAUGACAGUUAGACGUUUUGAUCCAUCUUGGAACGCUGUCAAAGCUACGGCUUGAAAGUGGUCCAGAAUGCAACAUUAUCAAAGUUGCAGCUUGAAAGUGGUCCAGAAUGUGACAUUAUCAAAGUUGCAGCCUGAAAGUGGUCCAGAAUGCAUCACAAUGUCCUCCAGUUUUGUCUGCACUUUGUGCGUUAAUGUUGAAUUGCUCCAGUCAUCGUGUUGUGAUUCUUUAAUUUCCUACUGUUAGUAGAAUGUAAUUUGUUUUUCUUUAGAAACUGGCACAGGAUGAACCUCGUAUACUUGCCCGAAAUCAAUUGACAUUGUGCAGAUUAACUGGUGACCAUUCUAAAUUUACUAUUGCAUGCAUUCAGGAAAAGUUGGUGCAUACGUUGAAUGUGCCACAUAAAUAACCUUGACCAUGGACAGUUUUACCAUAGAGGGGUAGCUACUUACUACUGUGUUUGAGUUAGUGUUGGAAAUGUAUUCUCUCAAAGUUUGACAAUCUUUUGGCUAUCCUGUUUACGUAAUAUUAACUCUCAUGUUCUUAGCUCUAUGAUUUGUUUGUUUUAAUUAUCUAAAUGGAUAUUUUGUUUAAAGUUAAUGGAGGUUUUACAGCAUAAGUGAUUUUAUAUCGAUUUCAAGGGGGGAAAAUAGGAUUUGAUACAUUUAAUUUUCACAUGUUAUAAGUCUUUAAAUUUCAGUAUUGUUGGAAUAUUUUUUUCAGUGGUGGUGGUGUACAUUUUAUUUCUUUGGAAGUUCCUGGGUGAUUGCAAUCAACUUGGAAUAGAUGUUUUACAAUCCUAGUUCUUUUGAAUUUCUUCCUGAUGUUAUUCCCAUAAAAUAUAUUUAAGCCUCAGUGACACUUAACAAAGAAAUUUGUUUUAAUUUCUAAAAAGUUGCCAACCUGAAGCAAAAGUUGACAUGUAAGGUCUUGGGAGAGGUAUUUAAAUUUAGUCAGUAAAGGUACAUAUUAUAACACAGGAGAACUUGAUAUUUGUGGACCAGUAAUUUAUAUAGAAACUAGAUUCAUGAUUUUUUUAAACUUUUUAAUUUAUAAGUGAAUUGAAGUGAAAAUUUAUUCAUGUGAUCUUUGGUAAAAGUAAUUUUUAACAUGUACAAAGUAUAAUUUGUUUGAAAAAUACUGACUGCUAUGGCCUUCCGUUUAAUUCCAUGGCAACUAGGUAUAAAAAAAAUUUCAUCAUCUUUCCUUGAACCACAGAGUUGCAUGGAAUCAUUCAUUUUAAUCAUGGUGAUACGCAUUCAGGGUCGACCCAAGGAACAGGAGGUUAAAUCUAGUUGUUUGGAUCAAGAGCUCCUCACUAGCAACAAGGCACCUCCCUUGAGGGGAAUGCAAAUGAUAACUUUUAUUGUUACAAAAUAUUUAGAGGGGAGAGCCCCUUCAUAGAAAGGGCCUCAGUGCCAAUGAAGGUAUCUUGAUCCAAGGAAUUGGACCUAUCCUCCACUUCCUGUUUCAAGCCUGAUUAUCUUCCAUUCCCUAAAUGCUACAAAAUUCCUAUUGGUUUAUUGUAUCCUCAUAAUAAUAAUAACAAUGUAAAGGAACAUUGCUGUAUUGCUCUGGAGAUAACAGGUAUAGGAUCAGUACUAAACCCAUAAGGUUUAAUACUUCUCCAUGAUUAUGGUAAUAAUCACCAUUAGGGGGUAACUCUAGUUUAUUGAAUUUAUUUUUAUUUAUUUCUAUGACAAACAUGAACUAUUUCUUAAUUAAUAUUUUUGGCUAGGGAAAAAACUUUUGGGUGGCAUAGUUGUAGCCUUUUUAUGAGCUUUUACUUCUUCUUUCUUUAUAUUCCUUGGAGAACUACUUGUCUUUAUUUUUGGAGACAGGUUUUGUGCUGCUGUGUUUGGCUUAUAUUGGUCUGAUUAUAAUGAAUUGUAAUACAGUAUUGUUUCAGAUUUGUGCCACAAAGUGCAGCACUGUAUGACCCAAUUGGCUUUAGUGCUUAGUUAUGAUUAUAAUAAAAAUGUGCUACAAAGUUCUUUGCCUCUUUGCAAAUACUGUAUAGUUGCAACCUUUCAGUUUGGAGCGUCAGUGCGCAUGUUGCUCGUCACUUUGAUUUUAACAUGCCUUUAACUCUUCAUGGUGGGUGCCUUGAUGCUGGUGAAGAGCUCUUGAUUCAAAGGAUUCGAGCUAUUAUCCAAUUCAUUGGAUCAAGCCUGAUUAUCUCCCAUUUCCCAGGUACUGUAUAUAUAUGACUUAUGAAUUCAACAUCUCCCUAUGAUUAUAACAACAGACUUUAAGAUAAUUAUUUCUAAUAUUGUGUAUACCUUUGACAGCCUUAUUGGCAUUUUUUAACACCCUGGACACUUCUCUGUGUCUUGAAAAGUUUUAAUCUUCCUUUUUUUUUUUUUUUUUGUAAUAUCUGUAAUUGGAAGAUACUAAGCAACAACUUGGACAGAAGAUUGAAACACGAGUAAAAAUCUACUGUGGCAGAAAUCUUUGUCAAAAAAUUGAAUUCUUUUGUAUCUGCAUGUGCUGCCUUUCAAUCAUUUGUCUUAGCUAUUCUUCUAUUUCAGCUCCAACUUUUUCAAGUCAUAGUUUUACUGUUUCUCUUUCUCUUCUUGUUGCCAUAUUGUUUUAGUACCUGGUCUUUAUUAUUUCCUGGCUUUGUCAAUUGUCCCUUAGUUUCCAUGUGUGCUAUCCAGAUUUCACAUGCACACUUUAAAGAAUGAAGUCUAUGGUCUGUAUUAUGUUAUGCUGUGUAUUACUAUGUAUUCAUUCUUGUAUCCAUGUAUAAUACAUUAUAUACUGUAGAUUUUGUUAUAAAUUCUUUUAUUAAAUUUUAUUAGUUUUUUUAAAUAUUGACUAGUAGCUGAAAUACUGUAUUGAACUUCACUGUAAUGCUAUGGUCAUUGGAGUUUAUAUACAUUUCAUAUAACGACAGAAAUUACCUAAUCUUUUUAUUUUAUUAAAAACAACAUUCAUCUAUCAUGCAGCCAUAGUAAUAUAGUAAUAAUGUAAGCAUGAUUUAAAAUAAACCGGGAAAAUCAUAAUAAAUAAUUUUACAGUUCUCCGAAUAAAUUAGAAUGCUUUUUAGACGCUACUGCAUUUUUGGUCUUUGUCAGUCUUUCUUGAUGACUUAUCUGUCAGUCUGAUGUCUUGAUUGCUGUCUUGUCAGUCUGUCUGUGAUGUCUGAGUUAUUGGUACGUAUUUAUCAGUUUGCCGUAUUUAUCAGUUUGUCAUGUCUCAGAGUUUGGUGUGUGCCAGUCUGAUGCCAAUGAUUGACACUUGUCAAUCUGCUUCUGAUGUUUUAGUGAUUGGUGUGUGGAUGUCUGAUGCCUCAAUGAUUGGCACCUGCCAGUCUCAAUGCUUGGAAUGUCACUCUACUUGUCUGAUGCCUUGCACAGCAUACAUAUUUAAUGCUGAUGUGCCUCCUGUAUGCCACAAUCCUCUCACAUGUUUACAUGUAAGAGGGUUACAAUUCCACAAUUUACUUUGAUAAUGUGAUAUCCCAAGAGGAAAGAAAUCAGUAAUACUGAUCAAAGUAGUGUACAAGUACAUCAUCUUCACCUUUUAAAGCCAGGAGUUUUCCGUUCAUAUUGUACUUAAGUUUAUGGCAGGGUUUAGCAUUUUUGGAAACACUUAUGUCCAGUUGUUUUCUUCAUUUAAUUUUUUUAAUAUUUUUUUAUUUAGACUGGGUCAGAUUUUUGUAAGUCAGUGGAUUAUACAUUUAUAAAAAUUAAGGUAUUUGUUCAUGACUUGAACACUUGUGCAUUUUGUUGAUUGCUGUCUUGAAUUCAUGUAUUUGGUUUGCUCAUAAUUUGUAACAUUAUACCUUCGAUGGGUUUUGAGUCUUUCUACUCCUUGAGCCCGGCCAUGGGCCAGGCUUGUCUUGUAAAUUUGAUUUCAUAGUACUGUGCAUUAACAUUUAAUGAAACUUCAAACAGGCAUAAGGGAAGGGAAUUAUUCAUAUAGGUUUAUUUUAUUUUAUUUUAUUAUCACACCGGCCGAUUCCCACCAAGGCAGGGUGGCCCGAAAAAGAAAAACUUUCACCAUCAUUCACUCCAUCACUGUCUUGCCAGAAGGGUGCUUUACACUACAGUUUUUAAACUGCAACAUUAACACCCCUCCUUCAGAGUGCAGGCACUGUACUUCCCAUCUCCAGGACUCAAGUCCGGCCCGCCGGUUUCCCUGAAUCCCUUCAUAAAUGUUACCUUGCUCACACUCCAACAGCACGUCAAGUAUUAAAAACCAUUUGUCUCCAUUCACUCCUAUCAAACACGCUCACGCAUGCCUGCUGGAAGUCCAAGCCCCUCGCACACAAAACCUCCUUUACCCCCUCCCUCCAACCCUUCCUAGGCCGACCCCUACCCCGCCUUCCUUCCACUACAGACUGAUACACUCUUGAAGUCAUUCUGUUUCGCUCCAUUCUCUCUACAUGUCCGAACCACCUCAACAACCCUUCCUCAGCCCUCUGGACAACAGUUUUGGUAAUCCCGCACCUCCUCCUAACUUCCAAACUACGAAUUCUCUGCAUUAUAUUCACACCACACAUUGCCCUCAGACAUGACAUCUCCACUGCCUCCAGCCUUCUCCUCGCUGCAACAUUCAUCACCCACGCUUCACACCCAUAUAAGAGCGUUGGUAAAACUAUACUCUCAUACAUUCCCCUCUUUGCCUCCAAGGACAAAGUUCUUUGUCUCCACAGACUCCUAAGUGCACCACUCACUCUUUUUCCCUCAUCAAUUCUAUGAUUCACCUCAUCUUUCAUAGACCCAUCCGCUGACACGUCCACUCCCAAAUAUCUGAAUACAUUCACCUCCUCCAUACUCUCUCCCUCCAAUCUGAUAUUCAAUCUUUCAUCACCUAAUCUUUUUGUUAUCCUCAUAACCUUACUCUUUCCUGUAUUCACCUUUAAUUUUCUUCUUUUGCACACCCUACCAAAUUCAUCCACCAAUCUCUGCAACUUCUCUUCAGAAUCUCCCAAGAGCACAGUGUCAUCAGCAAAGAGCAGCUGUGACAACUCCCACUUUGUGUGUGAUUCUUUAUCUUUUAACUCCACGCCUCUUGCCAAGACCCUCGCAUUUACUUCUCUUACAACCCCAUCUAUAAAUAUAUUAAACAACCACGGUGACAUCACACAUCCUUGUCUAAGGCCUACUUUUACUGGGAAAAAAUUUCCUUCUUUCCUACAUACUCUAACUUGAGCCUCACUAUCCUCGUAAAAACUCUUCACUGCUUUCAGUAACCUACCUCCUACACCAUACACUUGCAACAUCUGCCACAUUGCCCCCCUAUCCACCCUGUCAUAUGCCUUUUCCAAAUCCAUAAAUGCCACAAAGACCUCUUUAGCCUUAUCUAAAUACUGUUCACUUAUAUGUUUCACUGUAAACACCUGGUCCACACACCCCCUACCUUUCCUAAAGCCUCCUUGUUCAUCUGCUAUCCUAUUCUCCGUCUUACUCUUAAUUCUUUCAAUUAUAACUCUACCAUACACUUUACCAGGUACACUCAACAGACUUAUCCCCCUAUAAUUUUUGCACUCUCUUUUAUCCCCUUUGCCUUUAUACAAAGGAACUAUGCAUGCUCUCUGCCAAUCCCUAGGUACCUUACCCUCAUAUAGGUUAUAGAAAUUAAAUAAAUUUUUUUUUAGCUAUUUACCACCUAAGAGUAAGGUUUUUCAUUUUGAAGAUUUCUAAAUUUGACAUUUAAAUUCUUCCACAAGUUGUCUGUAUUUCUCAGUUCAUAUUGUACUGAGGUCUAUAAUUUUUCAGUGUUCUGUCUGCCUUGUUGUUAGCUAAGACACAUUCCAUGCUCAAAAACACACAAAAAAUACAGUUGAGCUUUGAUUAUUUCUUUAGCUCAUCUUCGUACAGUAGCAGUAAUAUAGAUAAAUAAAUGUGUUUCAUUUCAAGGUAGGCAAAUUAUCCUGGGCCUUAGUCAUGGGAAAAGUUCACUGAAGGUAUUAGCAUUUCUUGUUGUAGGCAUCAGUAACGUUCAGUUCUUACAGUAGGACCUUCAAGGGGUGUAUCUUAAUGCUGGUGAAGGGCUUGCUUCAAGGAACCGAAGCUACUCUUCCCUUCCUUGGAUCAAAUCUGGUUGUCUCCUUCCCCAUGCACUGUAUGAUCAUUAUGGAUUGAGCUCGUCUCUAUGAAUAUAAUCUAACAGUAGGAUAUUAUGGAAUAAGAGAUGCUUGUUCCAAGUUCUUAACUGACCUGUAUUUCUGAAAAAGAAUUUGCAACAUGAGUUACACAUUUGUAUUGCAUCUUGGCAGUUGUAAGGCUUUCACUGUUUGCUAAGUGCCCCAUUUGUGUAUGUGUAAAAGUAGGUAACGUGGAGCAGUUACAGAGUAGACCCCCACCUUUAUAAAGGUGGGGGUCUACUUUGUAGAUGCAAACAGUGAAAACUUUACAACUGCCAAGAUGCAAUACAAAUGUAUAACUUAUGUUGCAUAUUCUUUUUCAUAUUGAUUGUAAGGCUGGAAUCUUAAAAUAUCUUUCGAAUGUGCAUUUAUCAGCACUGUAGUAUUUUUGGAGAUGAAAGAGAAUGCUAGAUGUAUAGUGUUUAUACUUAUACUGUACUCUAUGAUGUAUUACACACAUCCUUGUUGGCUACACUUAACACUAAGCUCAUAAUAUUGUAUUGUUGCAGCAUGAGUGGUUUUUCAUAUUAAUCUCUGGACAGUUUAAUACAGUAUAUCACUUUCAUGAAUUUGUACUGUUUUACAUUUUGUCAUUGAAUAGUGCAGAAAUUAUUCAUGGACUUAAAGGAAGAAAGGAGGAAGAUUGAGUUUUAUUUUUUUGUAUGUAUAGAAUGGUGAUAAUACAGUGACUUUUUACUCCCCUGGGAAUUUUAAUUUCUCUGUAUUGCAUAUGCCUGUUUUAAUUAUUAGGGUAAUAUAAGUGUUUAUUUUUCAUCUUUGUUGGUAGGAAGUAGGUAUGUAAGCACUUUCUUCUGGGUUGUUUUUUAAGAGUCGUAUUUUGCUUUUCCAUCUGUUUUAGCUGUAAUUAUUUAAUUUUGUAUGGCAAUGAGAGCAUGUGAUUUAAAAACAUUAUCCAGAUGUGUUAGGUUUUUUGGGGGUAUUGCUACAAAGGUGAUCUUUAAGACAAAUAAAUGCUUAGGCUGUGAUUGACUUUUUUCUACAUAGGAAUUGUGAGUACAUUCUUUUAUUGUACAGUGGUACCUUGAAUUACGAACUUAAUUCGUUCCAGAAGGCUGUUCGAGUGCUGAUACCGAACAAAUUUGUUCCCAUAAGGAAUAAUGUAAAUGAGAUUAGUCCGUUUCAGAUCCCCAAAAACACACUUACAAAAGCACUUACAAAAAUACGCUUACAUAAUUGUUCGAGUUGGGAGCUGUUCGAAACUCGAUGUACCACUGUACUUCAGAACUUUUUCCCAUUACUCUACAAGUUUCAUCCUUCAGCACAAACAAGCUCAUAUGGAGUCAGUAAAGUAGCAUUUACAAGAAGUACUGUAUAUUUCUGCCUCACACUGAGGCUGUCUUCAGUAAUACUGUGUUGCCUUAGUGUAUAUUUCCUGUGCUACAAACUAGAGUUUUUUACAUUUGUGUUGGGAUCGUAUUCUUUAUUCACUGCUGCUGAUGUCACAGGAAUAUUUUGGGCAUGAUUCUCAUUCAUUCUAAAUUUAUUCAGUUUUCCAUGUAUGUACAGUAGAUAACUUCUUACUUGAAUCACUACCCUUUGUAUAUUGUUUUAGUACCUAAUAAUUCCUCUAUUAUGGAAUACUAAUUUUUCAUCUCUAUUCAUCUUCAGCUUUAUCUACAAAACCACAUUGAUUUCUUCAACAAACAGAUAAAUCUUGCCAUAUAUAAGUCAACAUAAUCACAUGUUUUCAUCAGACAGGCUCCUCUGUCCUCGGUGUAAAGCAUGAUUUUGUAGUUUUUUUUUUUUUUAAUUUUUGUACCUUACGUCAAUGUGAUAUUGUGCAUUAAUAUAGAUGCAUUAUUCAUUUAUUGCCAAUACUGUACUGUAAUAGAGAUACUGUAAUCUAUUUCUGUUUACCAAUAUUUUUUUGUUUCGAAUGUAGUGUAGUGAUGUGGCUAGUUAAUAUUUGCCAAGUACUGUAAUUCUGUAUUUUAUCAUCUUACAUGAGGAACUUUUAGCUGAAUAUUUUAUUUAAAAAAUAGAAUGCAAGACACAGGAAAAAGACUGAGGAUAGCGAGCAUCUAAAAUAAAUGUUAUGGUGUAAUUACUUAACUAACUUAGCCAGCACAGUUUAUAGUAACUGGCUUUUUUGGGGGGAAUUUGUUCCAGUUUAUUUAAAUGAAAGACAGUAUUACAUAUAAAAUUAAAAAUUAUUCUGUUAACUUUAUUAUGAUUGUAAAUAUACAGUAUUUACAGGUAUCACUUACACAGCCAUAAAAGACAAAUAAAUAAAGCCAUAUGCUGGAUGCUUAAGCUCAUCUUUUAUUUUGAUCCAUUGAAAUUAUUUUUAUGGAUAAUAACUAUGGCUGUAACAUAAAACUUAAUUCUUCGAGGUUUUCAAUGACGUGAAUAUUGUACUAUGAAAUAUCCAUUUUUUGUUUCACAAUCUAUUCAGAAAUAUAAUACUUUCUGCAACUUGACUCACUUGGAGUUAAAUUCAUGGUACAAUAUUCACACCUAAUUAUUAUGAUGGAGCUGAUUUAUAUGAAGUUGAUAAGUAAGCUAGUUCCAGUUUCUGUGCUGUAGGUUGUGUCUUUUACCGGUGGGUUUCCUUUUAUAACUCUAGUGUCUUCUUCCUACACACAGGUGAGGAGUAGAAGACAUUACUAAAGUUUAUUGCCUAAGUUAUAAGCUUCACAUAAAGUUUUCUGUUUAAUACCUUGUACUGUAUUUAGUUGAGGUUGAAAGAUAUGCCAGUGCUGGUAAAACCUUUCUGGCACCUUCAGAUGCCAAAUUGUUACACAUGUGAUCAUUAUUGGUGAUUCAGAGAAGAGACAUAUAAUUAAGUUGAAUGAUUGAAUGGGAAGAACACUUCAGUGCUCUGUGACUCAUACAAAUUUGAUAGUUUUUAGUAAAAUAUGGUAAUAAUUCAGCACCUAAGUAUGGUUUAAUAUAAUUAUCAAAUAUUGUUAUUUUUACAUAUUUUUGGUUUUAACUUGUGUGUGAUAUAUCAUGACUGGUACCAUGGUAUCAUAUAGGCAUCAUCUUUCAUUCUUAUCACAGACUUUACUGUGACUAACUUUGCACUUGUUAACUGAAAGAGGGCACAAAGCUUUAAAUUCCAUUUGACACGUGUGAUGUGCACUUAAUCAUCAAGUACUAAUUAAAGAAUGCUUAACACAGGCAUUUGUUUCUUUUUAUUUUAAUAUGUUCAAACAGUGCAAAAUUCAAUAUUUUGAAUUAUAUUACUGGUACAGUAUACAGUAUUUAGUUUUGUAUUUUUUUUUU